AUGUUAGGUCGGAGCUGGUUUAUUGAUUAGGGCAUUAUUCUGUUUGCAUUGAAUCGUGGUUUGUUGAUUGAGAUUUCUCAGCUACCCAUAGCGAUAUGGGCCAGGACGUUAAUGGGUUCUGCUAUCUAGUAGCAGAAUUUCCAGUAUAAAGUUGUACUGAACAUUCAAAUAUUGAUUAAUUUGCCUGUUAAAUGGAUUGAGAAAGCAACUCAUCUCAAUGGCUGUUUGUGACCUGAGACAUUUGUGAUCUGAAUUAUACAAAGAUUGUUUUUAAUGUCACAAGCAGCCAUCAAAAUUAUUUGAAUAAAUAGGUAGGAAUCAGAAAACAAAAACAUUUUAAAUAUAUGUAUCCAAAGUUUUUAGUCCUUGGUCGAAGUUGUUACAGAAUUUUUUCCACACAUAGAUAUGUUAGUCUACCAACUAAUAAGAUUUACUCCCUUUUUCCAGAUACUGUUGGGAUAAUAAGAAUUUCUUAUUUGGGUUUUUGUGGAUGCUCAGUUAUAAAGUUCGUCAGCCUGUAUUUCUGCAAGUUUCUUUGUUUUCCAUUUCAGAUAUAGAAGUUGGAAAUCUUUCCUGAUUCCCUUGGAGUCCAAAGUAUCUUGUGUGGGAAGAGGGCUGAAUGGCCUUUAGGAGAUUUGGUUAGAUGUCUUCUGAUUAGUAAAAUUUGGGAGAUCCAUCCAUCUAUUUUGGAGCUGGAUUAGAGACCAGAGAGAAGAUGGAGGGACAAAGCCCAGCAGAUGCAGGAGUUGGAAAAGGCCCUCCAGCAACUCAACCUUGGAGCUUUGGAGAAAAUGUGACAAGUUCUGGGCAGGACAGCCAAGAAGAGGAAGCCAACAGUUCAGAGGUCCAAUUCUUUCACUUCAGAAAAGUGCAAUUCCAGGAGGGGAAGAAUCCCCGAGAUGUUUGCACUCAGCUUCACCGCCUUUGCCAUCAGUGGCUGCAGCCAGAAAGACACACAAAGGCUGAGAUGCUGGACUUGGUGCUCCUGGGGCAGUUCCUGGCUGUUCUUCCCCCAGAGAUGGAGAAAUGGGUGCAAGAGUGUGGAGCAGAGACCAGUUCCCAGGCGGUGGCCCUGGCCGAAGGAUUCCUCCUGGCCCAGGAGUCGGAAAAGAUGCAGAAAUCCUUGGAAGCUAUGACUGAGUAUCCCAAGGGGAGGAAGGAUUCAUUCAAAUCUUCUCAAGAGCUGCUGUUCAGGGAGACCUUAUGCAAAGAUCAAAGUCAGGACACCACUCCAAGGAGUAGAAAGCUGUCCUUGGAAUUUUUUCAAUCGGUUCGUCUUUGUGGUGGAGCUGAAGGAUUGGCUGAACCGCUACAUCAGGAUGUUCUGUCUUUUGAGGAAGUGGCUGUGUAUUUCUCCAAGGAGGAAUGGUCUCAACUGGAUGCUGACCAAAAAGCGCUCCAUGGAGAAGUUAUGCUGGAGAAUUCCAGGAAUCUGGCUUCCCUGGGCUAUAAUGGGCAGGAGAAUAAGAAUUGCAAGGAGGAAUGCCAAGCAAUCCAUUUGAAAGAGGGGAAAGGGAAGCGAUAUGAAUGCAUGGAGUGUGGAAAGACCUUUAGUAAGAAAAGAUUUCUGAUUCAGCAUAAAACUGUCCACACAAAGGAGAAAUUAUAUCAGUGCAUGGAAUGUGGAAAGACCUUCUCUUAUGAUAGCUCUCUUCUAGUCCAUCAAAGGAAUCACAAAGGAGAAAGACCUUAUAAAUGCAUGGAAUGUGGAAAGACCUUCAUUUGUAGCAGUCAUCUUAAUUCCCAUAUGAGGAUUCACACAGGAGAGAAGCCAUAUCAGUGCAAGGAAUGUGGAAAGACCUUUACGUGUAGCAGUACUCUCAAUUCCCAUAUGAGGAUUCACACAGGAGAGAAGCCAUAUCAGUGCAAGGAAUGCGGAAAGACCUUCACUUCAAACAGUUAUCUUAAUAUCCACAAGAGGAUCCACACAGGAGAAAAACCUUAUAAAUGCAUGGAAUGUGGAAAGAGCUUUACUUGUAGCAGUAAUCUUAAUUUUCACAAGAGGAUUCACACAGGAGAAAGACCAUAUCAAUGCAUGGAGUGUGGAAAGACCUUUACUUGUAUCAGUAAUCUUAAUUCCCACAAGAGGAUCCACACAGGAGAGAAGCCAUAUCAAUGCAAGGAAUGUGGAAGGACCUUUACUUUUACCAAUUAUCUUGAUUCCCACAAGAAGACUCACACAGGAGAGACACCGUAUCAAUGCAUUGAGUGUGGAAAGAGAUUUACUAGGAAAUAUGCUCUGAUUCACCAUAAAAGCAUCCAUACAGAAGAAAAGCCAUAUCAAUGCAUGGAUUGUGGAAAGACCUUCUGUUAUUAUGACUCUCUUAUAAGACAUGAAAGGAAUCACAAAGGAGAAAGACCUUAUAAAUGCAUGGAGUGUGGAAAGAGCUUUAGUUGCAGCAGACAUCUUGAUUCCCACAAGAAGAUCCACUCAGGAGAGAAGCCAUAUAAAUGUGUUGAAUGUGGAAAAGGCUUUAGGUGGAAUUCUGCUCUUACCACCCAUAAAAGGAUCCAUACAGGAGAAAGACCGUAUCAAUGCCUGGAGUGUGGAAAGACCUUUGCUAGUGGCAGUAGUCUUAAUUUGCACAAGAGGAUCCACACAGGAGAGAAACCAUAUCAAUGCAAGGAAUGUGGAAAGACCUUUAGUUGUACCAGUAGUCUCAAUUCCCAUAAGAGGAUCCACACAGGAGAGAAACCAUAUCAAUGCAAGGAAUGUGGAAAGACCUUUAGUUGUACCAGUAGUCUCAAUUCCCAUAAGAGGAUCCACACAGGAGAGAAACCAUAUCAAUGCAAGGAAUGUGGAAAGACCUUUAGUUGUACCAGUAGUCUCAAUUCCCAUAAGAGGGUCCACACAGGAGAGAAACCAUAUCAAUGCAAGGAAUGUGGAAAGACCUUUAGUUGUACCAGUAGUCUCAAUUCCCAUAAGAGGGUCCACACAGGAGAGAAACCAUAUAAAUGUGUGGAAUGUGGAAAGGACUUUAGGUGGAAUUCUGCUCUUACUACACAUAAAAGGAUCCACAUAGUGGAGAAGCCUUAUCAGUAAAGGGAAGUGUGAGAAGUGCUUUAACAGAAAUCUAGGAAGUCCUUGGCACAUUAUUGCAAUUGAGCGCAAAAUUUCUGUUGCUGAGAGACAGUUAUUGAGUUUUGCCCAGGGGUGAAAUGUAAAAUUUGUUACUACCAGUUCUGUGGGCAUGGCUUGGUGGGGAUGGUGGUAAUGUGACUUUGUGGCCAUGGCCAACUUUUUUUUGUUUUUUUACUUUUAAAAGCAUUUUUUCUACAACCUCUUCGGCUGAAGAGGUAGUAAAAAAAUGCUUUUAAAGCCUGUGAUGAUCAGGCAACUCAGCUGGGAUCGCCAGAGGAAAAAAAGCUUUUAAAGAGUUCUGAUGAUCCCAGCUGAGUUGUCUGAUCAUCAGAACCCUUUAAAAGGAUGUUUUCUGCAAGCUCUUCGGCCAAAGAGGUUGUAGAAAAAAAUGUUCUUAAAAGGUUCUGGCGAUCAGGCAACUCAGCUGGGAUUUAUUUAUUAUUUUUAUUUUAUUUAUUUAUUUGAUUUUUAUACCGCCCUUCUCCCGAAGGACUCAGGGCGGUGUACAGGCAAAAAUAAAAACAGAUAAUACAAUAUACAAUUUCAAAUGCAGAUUAAGAAACUUAUUUUAAAAUUAGCCUGAUAGGUUAAAAUAUACUAGACUAAAAACCCCAUUUAAAAUUAAUUAAUAAAAAUUUAAAAUUAAUAAAAUUCUGUUCAAGCCAGCCCCGCGCGAAUGAAAAGAUGUGUCUUCAGUUCGCGACGGAAUGUCCGAAGGUCAGGUAUUUGGCGUAAACCCGGGGGAAGCUCGUUCCAGAGUGUGGGAGCCCCCACAGAGAAGGCCCUUCCCCUGGGGGCCGCCAGCCGACAUUGUUUGGCGGACGGCACCCUGAGAACUCCCUCUCUGUGAGAGCGUACGGGUCGGUGGGAGGCAUGUGGUAACAGCAGGCGGUCCCGUAAGUACCCAGGCCCUAAGCCAUGGAGCGCUUUAAAGGUCAUAACCAACACUUUAAAGUGCACUCGAAAGGCCACAGGUAGCCAGUGCAGUCUGCGCAGGAGCGGUGUUACGUGGGAGCUACGCGUAGCUCCCUCUAUCACCCGCGCAGCUGCAUUCUGGACUAGCUGAAGCCUCCGAGUGCACUUCAAGGGGAGCCCCAUGUAGAGAGCAUUACAAUAAUCCAAGCGAGAGGUAACGAGCGCAUGAGUGACUGCACAAGGCAUCCCGAUCAAGGAAGGGGCGCAACUGCCGAACCAGGCGAACCUGGUGGAAGGCCCUCCUGGAGACGGCUGUCAAAUGAUCUUCAAACGACAGCCGAUCAUCCAGGAGGACACCUAAGUUGCGCACCCUAUCCUUUGGGGCCAGUAACUCGCCUCCAACAGUCAGCCGCGGCUGCAGCUGACUGAAUCGGGAUGCCGGCAUCCACAGCCACUCCGUCCUGGAGGGAUUAAGCUUGAGCCUGUUUCUCCCCAUCCAGACCCGUACGGCUUCCAAACACCGGGACAGCACUUCAACAACUUCAUUGGGGUGGCCCGGGGUGGAAAAGUACAGCUGAGUGUCAUCAGCGUACUGCUGGUAUCUCACCCCGAACCCACUGAUGAUCUCACCCAAUGGCUUCAUGUAGAUGUUGAACAGCAGGGGCGAGAGAAUCGACCCCUGCGGCACCCCACAAGUGAGGCACCUCGCGGUCGACCUCUGCCCUCCCGUCAACACCGUCUGCGACCGAUCGGAGAGAUAGGAGGAGAACCACCGAUAAACGGUGCCUCCCACUCCCAAUCCCUCCAACCGGUGCAGCAGGAUACCAUGGUCGAUGGGAUCAAAAGCCGCUGAGAGGUCUAAUAGGACCAGGGCAGAGGAGUAACCCCUGUCCCUGGCCCUCCAGAGAUCAUCCACCAAUGCAACCAAAGCUGUCUCCGUGCUGUAUCCGGGUUGGAAGCCGGACUGGAACGGGUCUAGAUAGACAUCUUCAUCCAGGUAUUGGGGUAGCUGUCACGCCACAGCACUCUCUACAACCUUCGCAACAAAGUGAAGGUUGGAGACUGGAUGAUAAUUACCUAAAAUAGAAGGGUCCAGGGAGGGCUUCUUGAGGAGG